AUGCUCAAGUUCCAUGCAUGUGCAAGGUCACUUCCUGUCAAGCAAAGGGUAGAGGACAACCCUGGCUUCUUCUAUGGUGUGUUGAAGUCUGUAUCAUACAGCAUGAUGCGAAUCUUACAAAAGCAGCAGAAAGCCUGCGCAGAAAACCUCAAUCAAAGUCAAUUGAAUGCUUCUAUAACUUGGCUGUGUUGGAAAGCAUUCCUGGUGACGUAUCGACUACGGCUUUGCUUUCCCCGACUUACUAAUCUUGUAAAGGCUGGAGUGGUGGUUGUAAAAAAGCACUUGGAAGCUGGAAACCAAAUGGGAAGAUAUAUUGAUAAUGUUAACGAUCAGCUAAGAAUUGUGCCAAAAUGAAGAGCCCGAGGUUAUUAAAGACAGAAAGAUUCACGAACUAACUUUGAAGCAUUCAAGUGACCCCCGCAGAUACUACUUCCUAUCAAUCCUGAAAAUUUAGUGUGACUCAGGUACAUUUGAAGGGAAUCCUGGGCUCAUAAUGAAUAGAAUUGUUUUGAACCAUAGAAUAAUUAGUUAUUUAAAAUGUCAACUACAAAUAUCACUAUUUUAUGUGUAAGGACUAUACUUGGUUUAUUAAAUUAUAUUUGUUUUCAGAAGUUACUUCCCAUGGUGUCAUUCAGCUACUUCAACUUUCAUAAUCAAUUUUUUUAAUGGGAACACUGAAGUUUUUAAUAUUACAUGUUUUUUUUCUUUUAGCAGUUGCAAUUAUUUAUCAGUGGGUUUUCUACGUAGGCUAAUUACGUAUGGUUGUGAUAGGCAAAGUGGGUUAUUUUUUACAAGAUUAUAGGAUUUGUGAAUGUCUUCAUUAAAAUGUUUUGUUUUUUCUUUAAAUUUAUAGAAUUCAUGGU